AGAUAAUAGCUAAACAGUAACAGGUGAGCUCUCCUUCUGGAUUCAGACGCUGAGGAGAGACAAACUGGACAUGGCUGCGUACAAGCCAAGGGUGAUUUCGCUAACGAAGAAACCGAACCAGACAUUUGGCUUCUAUCUGAGGUUGGAGGGUGGCGAGGAGGGUCACCUGAUCCGCUCCUUGGAAAUGGGAGGUCCAGCCGAACGGGCUGGCAUGAAAGACGGAGACCGCAUCCUCCGGGUCAAUGGAACAUUUGUCGAUGAACGGCCUCAUUCUGAGGUGGUGGACUUGGUGAAAAGCAGUGGAACAUCUGUCACUUUCCACACUCUAGAUGAAUCCUCCUACAAGCGAGCAAAAGCGCAGGGAGUAAAUCUGUCUGACCCGGCAAGCAGGCCAGUUGCCAAUGGAGUGGAAAAACACAGUCUAAAACCCAAACUGUGCUACUUGGUAAAGUCCAGCUCGGGCUUUGGGUUUUCAGUUCGCUCAGUCAACGGUGAGGAGGGUCUGUUCAUGACAGAAGUGAUCCCAGGAGGCGUGGCUGACAGAGCAGGGAUCAAACUCAACGACCGUCUGGUGGAGGUCAACGGGGAGAACGUAGAAAACUCCACACACGAUGUGGUAGUGGGCAAAAUGAGACUUGCAGGCAGCAAUAUCAUGCUCCUGCUGGUCAAUGAGGAAACAGACAAGUUCUAUCAGAAGAAGCAAGUGAAGAUUGGAUCGUGGAUAGCCACAACAAUGUACCUCCCUCACCAACCACGUAUCAUCAACAUGACCAAAGGAUCUGAUGGAUAUGGCUUCAGCCUUAAAGAGCUAAAUCAACCAGGACACUUCAUCAGGGACAUAGAGAGAGGCAGUCCGGCAGAAAAAGCACAUCUGAAGGAAAUGGACAGGCUGGUGGCUGUGGAUGGCAGAGAGGUGUCCAGCUGUAGCCACGAGGAGGUGGUAGACAAGAUCAAGCUGAGUGGCAACAAUUGCAGCCUCCUAGUAGUGGACAAAGACACGGACGAAAUGUAUAAGCUGGGGGAAGUUUCUCCUCUGCUGUUCUGGGAGGACAUGAAGGAUUCCAACUCACCUCCCAGUUACACAGAAGCUGUAAAUUUCUCUGCUCCUGUCCAACCAUCCACACCUGUUCCAGAGAGGAAGGAGGAGCUCAGGCCUAAACUAUGUAAAUUGGAGAAGACCUCAACUGGCUUUGGCUUUCAUCUUAAUGGUGUCCAGGGGGUGUAUGGCCACUACAUCCAAAAGUUGGUGAAGGGUGGAGCAGCUGACAAGGCAGGCUUGGAGGAUGAUGACAUUGUGGUUGAGGUGAACGGGGUGAAUGUGGAGCAGAGCUUCCAUGAAGACGUGGUGAAGAUCAUCCAAGGCAGUGGAAAUUCCCUGGAGAUGUUGGUGGUUAAAAGGAGCAUCUAUGAUAAGCUCAAAGCUAAAGGAGUCCCUAUCACACGCCAGCUCCUUGGGGAAACAUCUUAUGCCCAAGUCCACAGUGCAGACACUCCAGAAGCCAGCGAGAGGGAGACCAGACCGAAGACCCAGACUGAACCAGAAAGACAGAGGAAUUCAUCUGUGUCAUCAUCGUCAUCUGAAGAAAGCAUCGAUGAGAGACUCUAAGAAGCGACCUGAAGGACCCCUCUCCCAAUUUGGCCUAAUUUGACGUUGAUCCGUCAGCUUGGCUUCACACAAACACUUAAUAUCAAAUGAUUAAAAUAAAAAAGUUGACAGAAAUAGCAGGACAGUAAAGACUUCACUUCAAAUUCACUGUCAAAAUCUGAUUCAUGGCAGAGCAGCUGCUACAGCGGUAUGAAAUGGCUGAGAACAAAAACCUCUUUGUGAAUAUCAAGAAUUUUCAGGAGCCUUUGCUCAACGAUCCUUUGAUCUGCUUUUUGAUGAGUUUGUGCAGUCAUGAGUAAUAUCCUUCCUACUAUGAAAACCAUGUUACUAAGAAUGAAAACCAUAUCAAUACUGCCAGUAAACACUGUGACCUUUCAUGUAUUUUCUCUCCUGGCAUGAACUGCUGCUUUUAUUUAAUGUUCCAAAUAACUAAACUUUAUU